AUGGAGGCUCAGGGCAGGGUGCUGAGUGUGCAGCUUGAGGUGCGGGCUGGACAGGUCCUCAGUCCCCCGGAGGAGGAGCAGGGGCCUCAGGGUUGCCAUGGCCGAGGUGGCGGUGGGGGGGCCGCAGUGGUGCUCAGUGGGCUGCCCCCUGCUCCCGAGGGGCUGCUCAUGCCCUGCUUCGAGGACCGCCGUCGCUCUGGGGGAGGACCAGUGUUGAGCUGGCAGCUUGGCGGAGGGGGCACACUCACUUUUCAGAAGUCUGCAGGUGCAGGGAGGGUCUCGGCCUAGGAGGGGCACAUGCUCUCCGGCGGGCUGAGCCUUAGGCCAGCCCCACCAUGUGCCCCUGCAAGCCUGCUGCUCCCAGGACCGCCCCCAACACCGCCCCCCCAGCAGCUAGAGCAGCACAGCCAGACCCUGCUGCGAGCCACGGGGCACCCAGCGCAGCCCCGCUGUGCCCUUGACAGUCCCUGCCCAGACUGGGUCCUGGCCCAGCUGCCCCAGCCCCUUUCUGAGGCAGAAGCCUGAGUCCUGGAGGAACAGGCCUGGGCCCUGGGCCUGGAGGGGACUGAGGUGUCCCAGGACCAAGCUGUGCAUGUGGUGGGGGGUAUCCCCCCUGAGUGCCUGCUGCUGCAGGACCUGUACCUGGAGACUGAGCCCCGCGGUGGCAGGGGACCCCUGGGGGGCCUUUGCAGCCUGCCUGGGCACCUGGGCACAGUUGCAUCCUUCCAGGAGUGGCAGGUGGCCGAGUGAGUCCUACAGCAGGAGUCCCAGGGGCAGUGCUCAGAGCUGAGCCUGGUCCCCCACUAUGACGUCCUGGAGCCUGAGCAGCUUGCCAAGAACACCGGUGGGGGGGACUACCUGGUCAAGUUGGGGCCAGGGACCACCGAGCAUGCUCUUCUGGAGGCUGGAGGGCCAGUGAGGGCAUUGAAGGGUGCAGGGCUGGUGACACUGAGGAGGUCUGAAGAGGAACCAGGGCAGACAGGAGCCUCCCUGGGGACGGGUCCCCUUGGGUCUCUUGGACAGGCUGAGCCACCCCCAGACCGCACAGGCAGUGCCCAGGAGAAGGUGAGACUCCCUGGGGACCCCAGCACAUCCUGUGGCCCUUUCUUGACCUCGCCUUCUACCCUGCCCUACACUUGCACCUGUUUUGUGGCCCUGAGGCAGAAGACGAGCUCGUGGGCGGGGGAGCGGGUGGCCUGGCUGGUGGUGCGCGUGGCCUUCGGGCAGGAUGUGGCCGAGCCAGACCAGGCACUGGGGACUGCCUUGGAGGUGCACGUCCAGGAGGCGAUGAUAGGGUCCUGGGGCGGCAUGUGGCCUGCAGAGCUGGGAGCCCGUCUGAGCCAUGCCGUGGUGUGCGUGCCUCAGCAGAGGCUGAAGGGUCCCGGGAUGGGCUGGGGUCUGGCUGAGAGUGGCAGGAGUCCCGGAUGCAGCAGGUCCGAACCCCACGGGGAGCACCUGGAACAGCCCCCUGAGAGAAGCCCAGGGGAGCAGGUCCUGUACCACGGCCCAUCGGCCUGGGCAGUCCCCGACAUCUGUGCUCAGGGCUUCGACCAUAGCUAAGGAGGCCUUAACAGUGAGGCCAGGUGGUGGCACACUCUAUGGGCCGGAGCCGCCUCCCUGCCCCUGCAGGACCGCUACUUGCCCCCCAACGCCGAUGGCCACAAGGUGGCGUUCGGAGCACGGGAGCUGACCGGUGACUAGGGGCAGGGUCCUGGAGGCCUGUGGGAGCCCCCCCGCCCCCCACUGCGGGCCCCUGGCCACGUGUUCCGCGCCAACAGCGCAGUGCACUGCCUCCGCCAGGCCAGCAUCUUUGUCAUCGUUCAUGAAACUGAGGCGCUGACCACCCACCUCAUUACUUGCAAGCACGUGCCCUGGGCUUCCCCAGGGGACUCCUCUGGGCACUUGGGCCACUUCCCAGCCUCCUAA